AUGGCUUGGAGAUCUCAUGGCAGAAAUAAUUCAGAUUUAGUAAAAAACUUAAAAAUCAAUGGAGUAAUAAGAUCAGAUGUUGUAGAAAAUAUUAUGCUCCAAGUUGACAGAGGAAAUUAUUCUAAAGCAGCUCCUUAUAUGGAUGCUCCUCAAGGGAUUGGUUAUGGUGUAACCAUUAGUGCUCCUCACAUGCAUGCACAUGCUUUAGAAUUACUCAAAGAUCAUUUAACAGAAGGGGAAAAAGCUUUAGAUGUGGGUUCUGGAUCAGGUUAUUUAACUGUUUGUAUGGCAUUGAUGGUUGGCCAGGAAGGAAGGGCUGUAGGUAUUGAUCACAUUGCUGAACUUAUUGAUACUUCAACAGAAAAUGUACGAAAAGAUAAACCAGAACUUCUGGAUAGUGGAAGAGUUAAAUUUGUAGUGGGAGAUGGUAGAAGAGGAUAUCCUGAUGAUGGUCCUUACAAUGCAAUUCAUGUUGGAGCUGCAUCACCAAAUCUUCCACAGUCUCUCAUUGAUCAGUUAAAGCCAGGUGGACGUUUAAUAGUGCCUAUCGGUCCAGAAGGAGGUAAUCAAAAUUUAGAACAAAUAGAUAAAAAAGCAGAUGGAAGUUUUACACGAACACCUCUGAUGGGUGUUGUUUAUGUACCACUUACAGAUAAAGAAGCCCAAUGGCCUGGAAGUGUAAGUUCAGCAGAGUCUGAAUUUAUUGUUUUAAUGCGGAAAUCCGUAGCGGCCGUACCAGAAUCCCAGCAUGAUUUUUUCGAAGAACCCAUGACUGAAUUUGAAAGAGAUGUUGAUCCAAAUGUUGGAUCAAGUAAAAAUGUACCCACUAGUUCAAAACCUGCAAAAACUUCUAAACCCCAAUAG